AUGCGCCUCUCGACUAAAAUAGCUGUUGCUUUCGUAACAAUUACUUUGACGCUGGGAGGAUUGUACACAUACACACACAGCACACAGACACGCAACAUCGUAAUCCCAUCGACUGAGCAGAUAAGCAGAAUGAACGCAGAAUCACACGACAGAUACAUCGUCAUGUUCAAGGAGACAGCCACCGACGACGAGAUCCACAAGUACGCCAGCCAGGUUGAGUCUACUGGCGGCAAAGUGACACACCCUUACACCAGCAAUGGGAUUAUGAAGACAUUCACUGGCCACAUUCCACAAAACCUGGUUAGCACACUUGAGGGCGAGUCGCCUGUGGAGUUUGUUGAGAAGGAUUCCGUGGUGACUACACAAUGA